AUGGCCAGCAGAAUAUAAUCUCUCAACAAUUAAAUUAACAAUAAAUAAAAGCUAUUAACAGCUGUUACUUCAAGCAAUCUUCCUUAACCUAUUGCACCUUUUUCCCAUGCAGUAGCCAUUAAUGCUAACUCUAAAUUGCUAUUUGUUUCAGGAUAACUCUCUCGUGAUCCUAAAUCUGGAAAGUUUGUUCAUGCAGAUAAUGUCGCUCUUUAAACUGAACAAACAUUAAUCAAUCUAAAAGAAGUUUUAAAAGCAGGUGGUAGUGAUUUACAGUAUGUAGUCAAAUGCACUGUUUACCUCAACGAUAUGGCUCAUUUUAACCAAGUUAAUGAGGUAUAUGGUAAAUUCUUUAAUACUGAUGUAAAGCCUGCCAGAGCAUGUUUUGCUGUAAGAGAAUUACCCGCUGGAGCUAAAGUAGAAAUUGAAUGUAUUGCUGUUGUCCCAUGA